CAUCUUCCUGAUGGAGAACGCAGGCAAGGACGUCUUGACCUUCGUGUUGAAGCGCGGCGCGCUGAACGCCCCCGCCACGCCGCCAGGCCAGUCCCUCAUUGACUACCUUGACAACCUCCCUCAAGGCUCGACAGCCAACUAUGGCAGGAUGAGUAACAAACAAAAGAAAGCAGCACUGAACCACAGUUCAGUGCUGCUUAUCCUCUGACGUGACUACUUUAUUCAUUAUUUUUUGUAUCAUCAGCGAACUUAGAUACUUUACAGGUGAGGUCCUCAUCGAUAUCAUUAACGUAAAUAAGGAAAAGAACAGGGCCGAGCACAGAUCCCUGUGGUACACCACUUAAAACUUCUCGCCAGUUUGAAAAUGUACCAUUUAAAACAACGCGCUGCUUUCUCUCAGACAGCCAGUCUGAGACAGCCAAUUGAGAAGUUUUCCAUUUAUACCAUAUGACUUCAAUUUAGCUAGUAGCCGGAACUUUGUCAAAAGCUUCUUGAAAAUCUAGAUACACUAAAUCUACUGCCUUUGUUUCGUCGUAAAUGGUGAAAAUAUCAUUAAAGAAAUCAAGAAGAUUAGUUAGACAAGAACGUCUGUUUCGGAAGCCAUGCUGUGAGUCAUUGAUUAAAUCAUUUAUAUGUAGAUAGUUCACUACAUUGUUGCAAUUUACUGUUUUCAUCAGUUCACAUACUACAGAUGUAAGGCUGAUAGGGAUGUAGUAGGAAGAAGAGGAGGAGGAGGAGGAGGAGGAGGAGGAGGAGGAAUAAGAGAACGAAGAGAAAAAGGAGAGCUAGAAGGAAGGCGAGAAAAGGAGGAGGAAGAGGAAGAUGAAGAGGAGGAGGAAGAAGAACAAAAAGACGAGGAAAAGGAGAGCUAGAAGGAAGGCGAGAAAAGGAGGAGGAAGAGAAAGAUGAAGAGGAGGAGGAAGAAGAACAAAAAGACGAGGAAAAGGAGAGCUAGAAGGAAGGCGAGAAAAGGAGGAGGAAGAGGAGGAGGAGGAGGAGGAGGAGGAGUUAUCUUUAUCAAUACUAUUAUGGAACAGUGAAUAAAGAAAUUAAUAAACAGAUAAGUAGUGUGUGUGUGUGUGUGUGUGUGUGUGUGUGUGUGUGUGUGUGUGUGUGUGUGUGUGUGUCCAGGCAGCACACAGGUGCACAACACUCGGCCAUUACAGGAGUCACCUUGAGAGGUUCAUGGGUCACUUAAGUGGUGCCGGCACACAGCUGCUGCAGGAGUGGCGGGACCUGGGGGUGCUCAGCCUGGCCGUGUGUGACCAAGACGCCCAAGAGGUUCUGGCCGCCAUCAGCGCCGUCCACGUGUCAUUGCCUCGGCUACACAUCCUCUGCCUACACGUCCCCGUGGGUGCCGUGAGGACACAGGCGUGCACCACACGGCUGCCUGGCUGCCCAGGGGUGUUCCUCGUGUUGUCUGGCGUGGACGAGAGGCUGCUGGAGGAGGCGGCCCAGAUAGCACAGCUCCUGCAGCCCACACAGCGCCCGUGAGUGUGUGCCAACACUGCUCUCUCUCUCCUCUCCUCUCCUCUCCCCUCUUCUCCCUUCUCCUCCCCUCUCCUCUUCUCUUCCUUCCCCUCCCCUCCCCUCUCCUCUCCAUGCCUCUUUUCCUUUCCCCUUCUCUCCUCUUCUCUCCCCUUCUUUCCCUCCUCUCCCCUCCUCCCUCCCCUCUCCUCUAUUCCUCUCCUCUCCUCUUCCCUCUUGUCACCUCCCCUUUUCUAUUUCCUUUUCCCUCCCCUCACCUCCCCACCCUUCCUCUCCUCUCCUCUUAUUUCUCCUCCCCUCCCCUCCCCCACACACCCCUUCUCUCCUUUCCUCUCCUCUCCUCUUCUCUUCCUCCUUCUCCCUUCUCUUCGUUUCUCUCUUCUCCUUUUUUCUCCUCCACUCCCUCCCCACCCCUCCUCUUUUUUCCACCUACUCUCCUCUUCUCUUCUUCCCUCUUCUCUUCUCCUCUCCUCCCCUCCCCACCCUUUUUCCCUUUUUCCCUUCCUCUCCUCUUUUCUUUCCUUCCCUUCUCUCCUCUCCUCUCCUCUCCUCUCCUCUCCUCUCCUCUCCUCUCCUCUCUCUCUGUCAGUAAAUGGAUGAGUGGAAGUAAUAAAAAAAAGGAAUAUAAGAGAAGAGGAGGAAGAGAACAAAGGAAGAGGAAGAGAACGGAGAAGAUAUCAUGAUUAAUAAUAAAAAAAGAACAAGGGAUCUCUCUCUCUCUCUCUCUCUCUCUCUCUCUCUCUCUCUCU